UUGCACAUUGCUCAUACGCGGGGUUGGUUGCCCUCUGGAAGAGCAACAAGGAAAACUACGACGAAAUGGGAAACGACAAGUUCACAGCACCGGAGCCUCCGCCAAUGGGCUUUGCCAGUGCUCCACCACCACUGGGAUUUCCUCAGCCAAGUUAUCCUCAGCCAGGACUUUCUUGGGCCUCGCCACAUAGCCAGCAGCCAGGUUAUUCAGGUUAUCCGCCACCACAGCAGCAGGGAUUUCCCUCACAGCAGGGUUAUCCACCACAGCAGGGGGGAUAUCUACCACAGCAGGAAUAUCCACCACAUCAGGGAUAUAAUCCACAACAAAGUUAUCCCCCUCAGUACUAUGGAUCAUCAACUGGCUAUGGAGGACCACCGCCACCACCACCAUCGUAUCCCUCACAGCAGACCGUGAAUGUGACGGUGAAUGGCGGGUGGUACAGUCGUAAUCAGAAGAACAAGCCACAAUCAAAUGCUGUGGGCGGAGCGGCUCUCAUUUUCGUGUCUGGAGGCAUGAACAUUGCGUGGAGCAUUGGCUUCCAUGGAACCCUGUUUUAUACCACCACCAAGCAUAAUUUCUUGGCCUGGUUUAUUGGCGGCAUCAUUGGAGCUGUGCUUAGCUGUUUUCUCACCAACAAAGUGGCCAAGAAGCAUGUCCUGAUCUUCAGCUCCACCCUGGUGAUGAUUGGCGGCAUAGUGAUUGCCUCUACCAGGAACAAUGGCUCAGCCAGCUUGGCAGGAUCCUACCUGGAUGGGAUAGCCAAUGGACUGGUAUUUGCCCCGUUUUUAGCCCUGGCUGGAGAGGUCUCGGUGCCCUACAUGCGCGGACUCAUCACGGCUAGCAUUGAGCAGAUGUGCUUCGGCCUGGGCAUCUUUGUGCAGAUCGUGUACAUCUCCGCUUGGACCUAUGAAGCGUAUCCCUUGAAGAACUCCUUCUCGCCGGAGAACAUGAGGGGAGUCCUGAGCGCAGUCUACGGACUGCUUGCCUUGCUAAUUGGCUCGCUGCUAUGCAUCGAAUCUCCGGUGAUAAUGCUGGCCAAGAAGAACGAUGAGCAGGGAGCCAUCGAUGCUUUGAGGCGCCUGCAGAGACCUUACACCGUGACCAACGAGACCUUCGAGCAGCUGGCGGAGCACAAGCGGUACCUGGCUCACAACAAGGACCUCUCGAUGGGCCAAAGCAUUUGCCAGGCCAUCCCCACCUUCAUCCGGCUGGUGAUCCUCCGAGGUAUGAAUGUCCUGAGCAUCAACCAGCUCAUGUACUUGACCCUGGUCUACUCCUACUCCAACGGGUAUGGCCUGAGUGACUCCUGGGCGUGGCUCUGUGGCUUUGGGAUCUGUCGGUGGAUGGGCAACUUCAUUGCCACCUUCAGCAUGGAGUCGGCGGGUCGCAAGAAGCCCACCAUCCUGGGACUCUUGGUCUGCGGUGUACUGGCCUUUGUGAUUGCCGGUCAGUAUAAUAUCUACAGAUACGAGUACAACAUCGGAAAUGCCAUCAUGACGCUGGUAUUUGAGUUCUUCGCAGGAAUAGCCUUCACCUCCACGUCUCCUUACCUGUCCGAGGCCUAUCCUUUGGGUGUGAAGCAGCAUUUUAUAGCAUUUACCUUCGUGGCGGAGAUGCUGGUUUUCAUUAUUAUUAGAAUGAUCGAUUGGGGUACCACAGUUGGAGCUGAAUACAUGUACGCCGUGGGAGCACUCUAUGUAUUUGGUUUUGUCUUUGUGAUCCUCUGCCUGCCGGAGACGAGAAGGACCAAUUUGCGAGAGGCUCAGGAAAAGUUCAGCAGAUUCUUCAACAUGGGCUUCAAAAGCAACGAGGAAAACCGAGACGAAAUGGGAAACGACAAGUUCACAGCACCAGAGCCCCCGCCAAUGGGUUUUGCUAGUGCUCCACCACCGUUGGGAUUUCCUCAGACAGGCUAUCCUCAGCCAGGACUUUCUGGGGUCUGGCCACAUAGCCAGCAGCCAGGUUAUUCGUGGUAUCCGCCACCACAGCAGCAGGGAUAUCCCCCACAGCAGGGUUAUCCACCACAGCAGGAAUAUCCACCACAUCAGGGAUACAAUCCACAACAGGGUUAUCCGCCUCAGUACUAUGGAUCAACAACUGGCUAUGGAGGACCACCGCCACCACCACCAUCGUAUCCCUCACAGCAGACCGUGAAUAUGGCGGUGAAUGGCAGCUGGUACAGUCGUAAUCAGAAGAACAAGCCACAAUCUUAUGCUGUGGGCGGAGCGGCUCUAAUUUUUUUAUCUGGAGGCAUGAACAUUGCGUGGAGCAUUGGCUUCCAUGGAACCCUGUUUUAUGCCACCACCAAACAUAAUUUCUUGGCCUGGUUCAUUGGCGGCAUCAUUGGAGCUGUACUCAGCUGCUUUCUCGCCAACAAAGUGGCCAAGAAGCAUGUCCUGAUCUUUAGCUCCACUCUGGUAAUGAUUGGCGGCAUAGUGAUUGCCUCUACCAAGAACAAUGGCUCAGCCAGCUUGGCAGGAUCCUACCUGGAUGGGAUAGCCAAUGGCCUGGUGUUUGCCCCGUUCAUGGCCCUCGCUGGAGAGGUCUCGGUGCCCUACAUGCGCGGCCUCAUCACGGCCAGCAUUGAGCAGAUGUGCUUGGGCCUGGGCAUCUUUGUGCAGAUCUUGUACGUCUCCACUUGGACCUCUGAAACGUAUCCCUCGAAGAACUCCUUCUCGCCGGAGAACAUGAGGGGAGUCCUGAGCGCCGUGUACGGACUGCUUGCCUUGCUAAUUGGCUCACUGCUAUGCAUCGAAUCUCCGGUGAUAAUGCUGGCCAAGAAGAACGAUGAACAGGGAGCCAUCGAUGCUUUGAGGCGCCUGCAGAGACCUUACACCGUGACCAACGAGACCUUCGAGCAGCUGGCGGAGCACAAGCGGUACCUGGCUCACAACAAGGACCUCUCGAUGGGCCAAAGCAUUUGCCAGGCCAUCCCCACCUUCAUCCGGCUGGUGUUCCUCCGAGGUAUGAAUGUCCUGAGCCUCAACAUGUUCCUGUACUUGACCCUGGGCUCCUCCUACGCCAGCUGGUAUAGCCUGGAGGGCACCUGGGAGUGGCUCAUUGGCUUUGGGAUCUGUCGGUGGAUGGGCAACUUCAUUGCCACCUUCAGCAUGGAGUGGGCGGGUCGCAAGAAGCCCACCAUCCUAGGGCUCUUGGUCUGCAGUGUCCUGGCCUUCGUGAUUGCCGCUCAGUACAAUUUCUAUAACAUGUGGACCGGAAUUGCCAUCAUGACGCUGUUCUCUGAGCUCUUCGCUGGUAUAGCCUUCACCUCCACGUCUCCUUACCUGGCCGAGGCCUAUCCUUUGGGGGUGAAGCAGCAUUUUAUAGCUUUUACCUUCGUUGCGGAGAUGCUGGUCUUCAUUAUAAUUGGAAUGAUCGAUUGGGGUGUCAUUGCUGGAGCUGAAUACAUGUACGCCUUGGGAGGACUCUAUGCAUUUGGUUUUUUCCUUGUGAUUUUCUGCCUGCCGGAGACCAGGGGGACCAACUUGCGAGAGGCCCAGGACAAGUUCAGCAGGUUCUUCACCACGAGCUCCUAGGUUUUGUUGUUCUGUGAUUAAUCAGAGAUUGGAAAUUGGAGAUAAUAAAAGUUGUUAUAA